ACCAUUGUAUGCAAACAGUAAAGGCUUUUUUGUUUAAUGUUUGCUUUAAAAAUAUUAUUUAUGAUAUAUUAUUAAAAUUAAAUUAUUACUAUUAAUAAUAUUGAACAAUGACUAAAACUAAUAAUCAAUUUUACAAUAAUAGCGAUCACCCGAUAGACCCAUAUAUAUCAACACAAAAUAAAAUUGAAAAUUUGGACAAUAGAUCCACUAAACGACUAUUAAUAUUUGUUUAUAUUUCAUUUACAAUAUUAAGUAUUUAUAUAUCAUGGACAUUUAUGUUUGCUACUAAACAUAAUAGUUUGUUGGAUAUAUUGGAUAAUAAUAGUCCCGAAUUCAUAGCCACUGAUGAACGAAGUAGUGUUAAACCGGAGGACAUUUCGACAAACCUAACAAAAACAAUGACAUCUAUUAUGUCUACCGAACAGAUGAUACAAUCAAUUAUCAAUCGGACCGAUAAAAUCAACGAAAAACUAUAUUAUUUGAAACAGGAAUCGUCUGAAAACAGGAGAGACACACAACAUAUCACCGGAAUGUUAGCCACAAUGAAGGCAUUGAUUGAGAAAGAGAUUACAAAUGUAACGGAAAGACAGUCACGAAUGGAGGACGACUUGAUUGAUGUCAAAAAUGAUUUGUUUGAUAUCAAUAAAAAUAUUAGUAAUAUUAGAGACAUAUUAACAGUGAUUAACAACGAAGAAACAAUAUCUGAUGAAAUUAUUCAGAUUAUAUCUCAUGACUCGUGUGAUAAACUAAACCACGAUUUAACUGCAUUUUGUUGUGCUUCUCAAUCCGUAUUGACAGUCAUUGAAAAGUUUGUCGGCUUAAAGAGUCAACAAUUUUGUCCGAUUUAUAAGUCCCAGUGUUUGAACAAUAAAUGUCUGACAAAGUUAUGUGAACCGAAAUGCCGUGAAUUGAGUCCUGAGAACAGGGAGUUGGAGUCAAAGUUAUUGAGCGGUCAGAUGAGUGAACAACAAUUGUUUAAACAGUUAAUGACAGCARCUUUUCAAGACAUGGAUAAUAAUAAUAAUAAUAAUAAUAAUCAGGAAUACGGACAUACAUUGGAUGACUAUUACAUAAAAAGACUAUUAUGGAAAGUGCUUUAA